AUGGAUAUGAGGCCCGUUAAUGUAGUUGAAGGCGAAGGCUUCAGAAAAUUAAUGAAGAUAAUGGAGCCAGACUACACUGUCCCAAACCGUUCCAGUAUUUCAAACACCCUGUCUCUUAAAUACAGCGAUCUGCGAGGCCAAAUUUAUGCUCUCGUUGAAAAAGCUACGGCCUUAAGUUUCACAACGGACAUCUGGACUUCCGUGAGUAUGGAGGCGUAUAUGGCUGUCACCUGUCACUUUAUAACUCAGGAGUGGGAACUCUCUGCCUUCGUUUUGGAAACCAAAGCAUUUGAGUCAAGCCAUACAGGAGUCAACAUUGCACAACAGCUUGGAGACGCGGCAGAUGCAUUCGCAAUUCCAAAUUACAAGCGAAUAGCCGUUGUUCACGACAAUGCCAGCAAUAUGAAGCUGUGCACCGAGACGCUGAAUAAAGAACCGGAGAAAUGGGGAACCGUUCAAGGGGUCUGCUGCUCAGGACACACGCUGCAACUAUGCAUAAAUGAAGCUCUGAAACUGGACCGAAUCCGUCGCACAGUUUCAGCUGCCAGGAAUCUCGUAGGGCACUUCAAAAAAAGUGCCAAGGCUACAGCUGCUUUGAAAGAGAAACAAACGCAGCAGAACGUUGUACAACACAAACUCAUUCAAGAUGUUGCUACUCGUUGGAACUCUACGUAUGAAAUGCUUAACCGACUGGUGGAGCAGCGAUGGCCAGUGACAGCUGUUUUGUCAGAUCCCAGCAUCACUAAGAAAGGAAAUCGCACCCUUGACUUGACAGGAGACCAGUGGAAACUGGCACAAGAGACAUCAGAAUUACUUGGGCCCCUGCUCACACUCACAGAACUACUAUCACAGGAGGCAAACUUGUCGUUGUCGGCAACAGUGCCAAUGCUCUUUAACCUGAAGAAACGCCACCUGUCACCAGAAGAGGAUGACAGCCCUGCCAUCAGAGAAAUGAAGAAUACCCUUGUCAAGGAGAUCGACAGCAGAUGGGAACUGUUAAAUUUGGAACCCACCAGCAUCUAUCUCCUUUCUUCAGCACUAGACGUGAGAUUUAAGCACCUUAAAUUCCUUGAGGAUGAGAAGAAGGACCUGGUAUACAUUGAGGUUGUCAGACUAGCUGAACAUCUGCAUCAGCAACAGAUCGUUCGCAAGGGAGAAGAGCUGUCAGCAAGCCACGGAGAAGAGGAGACGGAUGCGCCACCACCACCCGCCAAAAAAAAACAGCAGGAGAUUUCAAUGCUGAUGCAGGCUGAUGACGAAGAGGAAGAAGAACGCGGAGACAGCGCAAAGACAGAGAUGGAGCAGUAUUUGAGAGAUGCUACUAAAUUACAGUCGGGCCCACUGGCAUGGUGGAAGCAAAACAGUGACCGCUACCCUAAACUGGCAUUUGCAGCCAAACACCUUCUUUGCGUUCCGGCCACUUCAACUCCAUCAGAGCGCAUUUUCUCAAAAGCUGGCUACAUCGUCAACAAGACCCGAAGUUCCCUUUUACCAGAAAAUGUGGACAAACUCAUCUUCCUCGCACACAACAUGAAACGAGUAUAG